CGAUCGGCGGCCGAGUCCGGGGGAAGAUGGCGGCUCCGCUCGUUCCUCUGGCCCAGCAGUUUUCUACUGGGAACCCAUUAUAUGAAUCUUACUACAAACAGGUAGAUCCAUCAUAUACAGGGAGAAUUGGAGCUGGUGAAGCUGCCCUUUUUCUUAAAAAAUCAGGUCUCUCAGACAAUAUCCUUGGAAAGAUAUGGGAUUUGGCUGACCCAGAGGGAAAAGGUUACUUGGACAAACAGGGUUUCUAUGUUGCACUGAGACUAGUAGCUUGUGCACAGAAUGGCCAUGAGGUUAACUUGAGCAGUCUAAACUUGAAUAUGCCACCUCCUAAAUUUCAUGACACUAGCAGUCCUUUACUGAUUACACCGCCUUCAGCUGAUGCCCACUGGGCUGUUAGGGUGGAAGAAAAAGCAAAAUUUGAUGGUAUAUUUGAAAGCCUUUUACCUAUAAGUGGUUUACUCUCUGGAGAUAAAGUAAAACCAGUACUGAUGAACUCAAAACUACCUCUUGAUAUCCUGGGAAGGGUUUGGGACCUCAGUGAUAUCGACAAAGAUGGACAUUUGGACAAAGAUGAAUUUGCUGUGGCGAUGCAUUUAGUCUAUCGAGCUCUUGAGAAAGAGCCGGUACCAUCUGUACUGCCCCCAGCGCUUAUCCCACCUUCCAAAAGAAAGAAAGCUGUUUUUCCUGGUGCGGUUGCUGUUCUUCCUGCGAGUCCUCCACCUAAAGAUAGCCUUCGUUCAACUCCCUCCCAUGGUAGUGUAAACAGCCUGAACAGUACAGGAAGUUUAUCUCCUAAACAUAGUAUAAAACAAGUGCAGCCAGCUGUGAAUUGGGUGGUGCCAAUAUCCGAUAAGGUACGAUAUGAUGAAAUUUUCUUGAAGACUGACUUGGACAUGGAUGGCUACGUGAGCGGCCAGGAAGUGAAAGAAAUUUUUAUGCAUUCAGGCCUUUCCCAGAGUCUCUUAGCACAUAUAUGGGCCCUGGCAGAUACAAGGCAGAUGGGAAAGUUGAGCAAGGACCAGUUUGCACUGGCUAUGUAUUUUAUUCAGCAGAAGGUCAGUAAAGGAAUCGAUCCUCCACAAGUUUUGUCACCAGACAUGAUCCCACCCGCAGAGAGGAGUGUUCCUAUUCAAGAUAAUUCAAGUUCUGUUGCAUCAGGGGAGUUUACAGGGGUGAAAGAACUUGACGAUAUCAGUCAAGAGAUUGCUCAACUGCAGAGAGAAAAAUACUCACUGGAACAAGACAUCAGAGAAAAGGAAGAUGCAAUUAGACAAAAAACUAAUGAAGUUCAGGAGCUGCAAAAUGAUCUAGAUCGAGAAACCAGUAAUCUUCAAGAAUUAGAAACACAAAAACAAGAUGCCCAAGAUCGUCUAGACGAAAUGGAUCAACAGAAGGCCAAACUUAAAGAUAUGCUGAGUGAUGUAAGACAGAAAUGCCAGGAAGAAACUCAAAUGAUAUCAUCGCUGAAAGCAAGGAUUCAGUCUCAAGAGUCAGAUUUAAAAUCACAGGAAGAUGAUCUUAAUAGAGCUAAAAUUGAAUUGAACCGUCUUCAGCAAGAAGAAACACAGUUAGAACAGAGUAUCCAAGCCGGAAAAGUGCAGCUUGAGACCAUAAUUAAAUCUUUGAAAUCGACUCAAGAAGAAAUUAUUCAGGCCAGAAGUAAGCUUUCUCACCUUCAAGAAAGUCAACAGGAAAUCAGUAGAAGUCUUGAACGUUAUAAUGAAGUACUGAAUGGGAUUCAUAGUGACAACAUGAUGAACUUAGAUAUAAAUGAAGGAGUCAUACAGAAAGAAAAAGUCAGUUUUGGAGCUAUGGAUGAUCCAUUCAAGAAUAAGGCUUUAUUGUUCAGCAACAAUGCACAAGAUUUGCAAGCAGACCCAUUCCAGUCUGAAGAUCCUUUUAAGUCAGACCCAUUUAAAGGAGCCGAUCCGUUCAAAGGAAGUGACCCAUUCCAGAACGACCCAUUUGCCGAACAGCACGCAACUACUUCUUCUGCAGAUCCUUUUGGAGGAGACCCUUUCAAAGAAACUGACCCAUUUCGGAGCCCUGCUACUGAGGAUUUUUUUAAGAAGCAAGUAAAGAGUGAUCCGUUUACCUCAGAUCCAUUCACCAAAACCCCUUCCCUGGCUCUAAAGCCUGACCCCUUUGAAACCAGUGACCCCUUUUCAUCUUCAAGUAUCUCUUCGAAAGGAUCAGAUCCCUUUGGAACUUUAGACCCUUUUGGAAGUGGUGCUUUCAGUAGCAAUGAGGGCUUUGCAGACUUCAGCCAGAUGUCAAAGCCCACGACUUCGGACCCUUUCGCCUCCUCUUUUGGGGGGGCAGGAUUCUCAGAUGACCCCUUUAAAAGUAAACAGGACACUCCUGCUCUACCACCCAAGAAAAAUGUUCCUCCACGACCCAAGCCACCCAGUGGUAAAAGUACACCCGUAAGCCACCUUGGCUCUGCAGAUUUUACCAAGGCCCAUGAUCCGUUCCAGCCGUUUGGGGCCGACAGCAGCGACCCUUUUCAAAGUAAAAAGGGGUUUGGGGACCCAUUUAGUGGAAAAGAUCCAUUUGCUUCUUCGUCUCAAACUACUAAAGACUCUUCCUUGGGGUUUGCAGACUUCAGCUCUUUUGGAAAUGAGGAGCAGCAGCUGGCGUGGGCAAAACGAGAAAGUGAGAAAGCAGAGCAGGAGAGGCUAGCUCGAUUGAGAAGACAAGAACAGGAAGACCUUGAAUUGGCAAUUGCACUCAGUAAGGCUGAUAUGCCAAACUCUUAAAUAUAGGUCUUGGGUAUCCAUAUGAUCAAGGCUAAAACCCUAAAAAGAAAAAAGAAAAAAAAUUUAAAUAUGAUUACGAAAUUCCUGUUUUAUGUUGUGAAGUAAUUCCAGCCACUUUUAAGUCACAGACCAUUGAGAUUGGCCGGGAUACCAACUGGGCUCUGGGCUUAUCGAGUACGUGAUGCACAGGAAAUGCACUGUAAAAACUGUACUAUACCUUCUAGAUUAAGGUUACUUGCUUGUAAGAAAUUUAACAUAUGACCCUAAGGUACUGAGCAAAGUUUCUUUCUAAUGUGGGCGAUGUAACAUAUGCUGCAGUUUGUGAAUCCAGCCUUUGUGUGAACUCCAUUGUCAUUUUUGAGGCUGAGCUAUGAACAGUACUAUUCUAGAAGAUUUCUUCUUAAAACAUAAAAAGUUUAUAGAAUGAGGAGAUUAAACUAAAAAAGAAUUGUUCUCAUAAGGUUACAAUCUCUUUACUCAGAGGAUACAAAUGGGUUGUAAAGCCUCCUGGGGUGAAGACAAGUUCUCUCUCUGAUGUUUCUUUUCUAUCAUCGAGAUUGGAUUUGUUUGCCGUUAUAGAAAACCCUGAUUAUGUAUGCAUUAGCUGUAUAAAAAAAAGUUUGAAUGGUUAAUAUAAAAUAUUUUGAAUACA